GCAGCGAUCGCCAAAGUCCUGCACAACGAGGACAGGCACAGGAUAAAAGCCUCGCCGUUUGUUGGGCUGGUGGUGGACGAGACGGUGGAUGUCCUGGAGCACCGCAACCUCGCCAUGUUCACCACCACUGUCUCUCCCUGCAACGGGCAGACCUCCGCCACCUUCCUGGGGAGCUUCGAGCUGCCCGCCGGGGAGGCCUCCACGGUGGCGGGCAAGGUGGCCGAGGGGAUGCGCUCCUUCGGCAUCCCCACCAUGAAGAUCACCUGGCUCAGCGCCGACAGCGCCUCGCUGGUGGCCGAGCGGCUGAGCGGGGUGGGGACCGCGUUGACCUCCCUCUGCCCGCUCCUCACGGAGAUGCACUGCCUGUCCCACGGGAGCUCCCUGCUGCCGGCCGACAGCAUCGUCAGCAUCGAGUACCUCCAGAAAUACGAGACAACCGUGGACGCCGUGUACAGGCUCUACUCCAGCUUCAGGGGGGAAAGCAACGGCCUGCAGGAGCUGCGGAGUGUCCUGGACCUCUGCGAGAUAGACCUUGGGAGCCCCAAAGCCAUCCACUGGACUUCUAUUUUCCCAGCUGUGGAAGCCAUUGAUUCCUCGUGGCCCACGCUAGUGCUGUUGCUGGAGAGCGAGGCGGAGCGGUCACCUGUGGCCCAUGGCCUCUGCGAAGAGCUCAAGAAGUUCCAGUUUGUGGCCUUCACCAAGAUCCUCCUGGAUGUCCUUCCCAUCUUCCAGAAGCUCAGCCGCUUCUUCCAGAUCGAGGACUUUGACCUCUCCAUCCUGAAGCCCAUCGUCUCCGCCACAGCCACCACCCUGCAGGCCCAGAAGAGUGCCAGUGGCCAGAACCUCCAGGAGUUCCUCAACGAGAUGAAUGAGCACCCACGGGACGACCGGGAGGGCGAGAGCCGCCUUUACUACAAGGGCGUCGAGCUGGCCAACUGCUCCAAGGUGCACCUGAAGCAUUUUGAGUGCCUGAAGGAGAGCUACCUGGAGAGCGUGCGGGGCAACCUGCUGGACAGGUUCCCCAGCAGCGUCCUGGAGGCCAUCAGCUCCUUCUCGGCCAUCUUCAACCCCAAGUGCUACCCCCAGUCUUUGGAGGACAUUGGCAGCUAUGGGGUCAGCGAGCUGAAUUUCCUCCUGCAGGCUUACUCCCGGGUGGUGGUGAGCGAGAGGGCCCUGAGCGAUUUCCCCCUCUUCAAGCGGAUCGUCUUCAGCCUCAGCCAGCUCUCCUUCAAGGACCUCUGCGUCAAGCUGGUCUACAGCAACUCUGAGAUGCAUGAGCUCUUCCCAGACUUCGCUGUCCUUGCAGCCAUCGCCCUGGCCUUGCCGCUGGGCUCGGUCCUUGCUGAGAAGAUCAGCCGGGGCCGGGAGCUGCUGAAACGUGGCCGGUUGCGCUGCACAAAGGACGAGGGGCUCUCUGACCUCAUGAAGAUCGCCAUCGACGGGCCGGCCAUCAACGAGUUUGACUUUGCGUUGGCCAUCGAGUACUACGAGAGUAUGAGG